GCCACUAUCAUUUGCUUUGAGUUAUGCUCCUUUACUAUAUGUGACCUUUUCAUUUUUCUCCAUUUUUUGUUUGUUUCAGGAACUGAAGUGAGACAAUGAGCAGAACAAAUGCCAAAAAUGACGGAUGGGUUCGAAUAUUUGAGGUGCCCUGUUUUGAGAGGCAUGCCAAAGGCUACACAGUUUAUAAAAUCGUGUCCAGAGUGUUUCCCUGCCAGUGUCCAGAAGCCUCGACUCAGGUCACUGUCUGGAAGAGAUUCAGCGAAUUCAAGAAGCUGCAUGCAGAGAUGAGCUCUUUGCAUGCUGCACUCUACUUGAAAGGCACCUUUCCUCCCCUCUCGAGGACCAGCUACUUCAAUAGGUUCGAGUCGGCCGUACUGGAGGAGCGCCGCGCCGCCAUCCGCGCCGCGCUCCAGUUCGUGGCCCUGCACCCGCCGCUCUUCACCAGCGCGCCAUUCUCCCGGUUCUUUGAGGACGGCGACUGCCGGACGGUGAACGAGACGGACCGUCUGCCGCCGGCGCUGAGCCCGCAGCCCUCGCUGACGGACAGCGACCUCAGCGCGCCGCUGACGGACAGCGACGUCACCAGGGCGGCGGCCGGUGACGGCAGCUCGCCGCCAGCCGACGGGGACGGCAGCGCGCCGGCGGCCGACGGCCUGGGCGGCCUGGACCCGCUGCUGCCGGCGGCGGCCGGCUCCGCGGGCGGUCCCAGCAACCUGCAGCUGCUCAGCGAACCGGCGCAGCCUGACCUGCUGUCCCACCUGAACACGGUACCCUCGCCGCCGAGCGGGGAGCCCAGUCUGGACACGCUGAGUGACGGGGAAGGCGAGCUGCCCGACCUCUCUGCAGACGAGUGGCCGGCCGGCCCCGGCCCCGGCCCCCGACCGGCCACCGACCUCGGCCUGGCCGCCCUGACGCUGGACGGCGCUCCCGAGCCUCCCGAGCUGCCGGAGGUGCCUGUGGGCACACCGCCGUCACCGCCGGCGUCGCUGCCGGCCCCGCCCGGGGAGCGCCCGCCGACCCCGCCCGGGGAGCGCCCGCCCGCCCCGGCGCCCGGAGCGGACCCCGGGCAGGCCCAGCCGCACACUCCUGCCCCCGCCGCGGCCCCGGGCCGUGCUCCGCCGUCCCCGGCCAGGGGAGUGGCUGAGCCGCCGGCCGGGCCGGGCCCGCCCGACGCCGGCGACUACCUGCUCACGGCGGCGGAGGCCAUCAGCCGCGCGCAGCAGGCGGAGUCCCAGUGUCAGUGGGGCCUGGCGUUCGCCUGCUACCAGGACGGCAUCGGCGCACUCAUCAACGGCGUGCAGGGUGACCCGAGCGCCGAGCGGCGUGAGGCCGUACGACGAAAAACGGCGCUGUACAUCGGCAGGGCCGAGCAGCUGGCCGCUCUCUGCCGGGACGAGCCGGACCAGCUGCGCCGGCGCCGCCUCAGUGGCCUCUGUGUUGAAGGUGGCCGCCACCUGGAGCGAUACAAAGUGCUCGGGCUCGCCGCCGGCGGACAUCUGAUGGUGGCCGACCGGCGCGCCGGGUCGCAGCAGCGCCUCCUGGUCAAGGUGGUGGUAAAGUGCGCCUGCUCGCCGGACUUGGCACGCGCGGCCACCGUGCUCCCGGAGCGUGUGCCGCAUAUGGUGCAGCUGCACCGACUGGUCGAGACGGACACGGCAUACUACCUGGUGCUUGAGUACCUCCCGCAUGGUCGACUGUUCGACUCGCUGGCUGGGCUGACCCAGGCGGCGACCGAGGCAACCGCGUCCCCGGACCUGCCGGCGGAGCUGGAGCCGGCCGGCCCCGCCUCAGCGGGCGAGUCGCUGCCAGACCCGGCGCACCCGACAGACCCGGCAGACCCAGCAGACCCGGCGCACCCGACAGACCCGGCAGACCCGGCAGACCCGGCGCACCUGGCUGACCCGGCGCACCCGCCAGACCCGGCGCCCGAGCCGGAGCCGGCGCACCCGCCAGACCCGGCGGCCGAGCCGGAGCCGGCGCACCCGGCGGCAGACGCCAUGAGCUCCAGCUACCUGCAGCUGUUUGAGGAGUUUGCGGCGUCGGCGCGCCGCUCAGGCUCCGUGUCGCUGGCGCGCAACCUCAGCUGCCCGGAGCCGGUGCCGGGGGCAGCGGAGUCGGAGCCGGAGCCGGAGCCGGCGGCGGAGGGCUCGCCGGACCGGCUGCUGAGCCGCUCCCAGCAGCUGCUGUCGGCCGUGGAGCGGACCCUGCGAGACACGGGCCGCCGCCAGCGGGACCCGCCGCCGCCGGCGCCGCCGGAGCCGGAGCCGGAGCGGGCGGCGGCGCCGGCGCGGCCGUCGGCCGACCAGCUGCGCCUGUGGACGGCGCAGCUGGUGGUGACGCUGGAGCGACUCCACCAGCAGGGCGUCGUCUGCAGGUUCCUGCGGCCGGAGAACGUGCUGCUGACGGCCGAGCGGGGCGCGGCGCUCACCUACUUCUGCCGGCUGCGGUGUGCGGGCGCGCGCGCGCCGCCGGCAGCCGAGCGCGGCCGGCUGUACGCGGCUCCCGAGCUGUGGACGCCCGGCGCCGCCGUCACGGCCGCCGCCGACUGGUGGAGCCUGGGCGCGCUGCUCUGGGAGCUGCACGGCGACGGGCCGCUGUGGACGCGCCACCCGGCCGGCCUGGCGGCGCACACGGCGCUCCGGCCGCCGGCGUCUGCCGGGCCGGCGGCGCGCUCCCUGCUGGCGGCGCUGCUGCGGCCCGACCCGCGCCGGCGACCCGACGCCCGACACAUCCGCCGGCACGCCUUCUUCGCCGGCCUGGACUGGAGCCGGCUCUGAGCGCGCCCCGGGACGUCUGUGACGGCUCUGAGCGCGCCGGGACGUCUGUGACAGCUGUGGGCGCGCCGGGUGGCCGGGCUGUGGGCGUUCGGCCGAGCCCAACUGGUUUUUGUUUGUGAGCGGCCUAUGUGCCAGGCUCGUCAGCGAGACUGCGCCUUGCUCUAUCGGCUGCUGCUGCGCCUUUCGGAGUCAGUCCAACCUUGUUUCCCAGACAAGCUGUUGGUGUAGUUCAUGUCUGCCAGAGGCGAAACGCGAGCGCUUCUCUUGUCAGAGCGUAUCAAAACGCAAUAUCAGUGCUUUAUGUUUGAUGACGAGCUUUUAACGUAUUGUGUUACUGCACGCUGCUAUAAGUUUGUUACGUUAUGGACCUAGCUGCACCGAAAUGUCGCUGUAGUCGCUCCUUGCGAGUUGCGGAAGAGCCUGCCGAUUGUAGCUGGCCUCAGAGCGGUCCGUUGCCGUCCGCCAUUGUUUCCCGGCGAGCUCGAGGCCACUGUUCACUGCCGAUUGCGACUGUCCAUAUUCCGUGUAACAUUCCAACCCGGCCCUUCAGAGGGGCGGCCGCUUUUUUAUACCCGGGUGGCUCAUCAGUCUGUGUUGGACCGACCAGCUGGUGGCAGUGAUCAAACUAUAACACCAUUAAAUAUGAGUAACUUUUCCAUC